AUGGCUCCUCGUAGCCACGUCGAGCUCAAAAACCUUGACAUCAAGGCAGAGUCCGUCACCCAGGCCAGCACCGAGAGCACGGGCGAAGCCGACGAUUCGCACCAUCGGUGGCAACGCCAUCAGCAGCCGUCGCCACGGCUUCCCCGCCACGUCCAACGCUUCGUCAACAGCUUCAAGGCCGACGACAGCUCCGCCAACUUCUUCCCUUCCGACCACCUCAGCCAGGUCAACAGCGGCGGCAGCGCUGCGCCCCGGGGCUAUGGACCCUACUACUACGACCUGCACCUGGCCGCCGUCGAGUCGGCCAACACGGGGCUUGCCCGGAAGCUCAAGGGUCGCCACCUGCAGAUGAUUGCCAUGGGAGGCUCCAUCGGCACCGGCUUGUUCGUCGCCUCCGGGAGGGCGCUGCAUGCUGGCGGCCCUGCCUCCCUGCUGAUAGCCUUCUCCAUCGUCGGCGCCAUGCUGUACUGCACGUGCCAGGCGCUCGGCGAGCUCGCCGUCAUCUUCCCCAUCGCCGGCUCCUUCUCCUCCUGGUCCACGCGCUUCCUCGAUCCCUCGUGGGGCUUCGCCAUGGGCUGGAACUACGCCAUGCAGUGGCUCACCGUCUUGCCCCUCGAGAUCAUCGCCGCCUCGUUGACCAUCCGCUAUUGGACCUACGAGCUCCCGAAUGCCAUGUUCGUCACCAUGUUUCUCGUCGCCAUCAUGAUCAUCAACCUCUUUGGCGUCAAGGGGUAUGGCGAAGCCGAGUUUACCUUUUCCAUCAUCAAAGUCAUCGCCGUCAUCGGCUUCAUCCUCCUCGGCAUCGUCCUCAACUGCGGGGGGACGCCCGACCGCGGAUACAUUGGCGGCGAGUUCUGGAACAACCCGGGUGCCUUUCACCACGGGCUCAAGGGCCUCUGCAGCGUCUUCGUCACCGCCGCCUUUGCCUUUACCGGCACCGAGCUCGUCGGCCUGGCCGCGGCCGAGACGGCCAACCCGCGGAAAUCGCUCCCGACGGCCAUCAAGCAGGUGUUUUGGCGCAUCACCCUGUUCUACAUCGUCGCCCUCACCCUCGUCGGCCUGCUUGUUCCCUACAACAACCCUCGGCUCAUGGACUUUGACAGUCCCGCCGACGCCAAGGCCUCGCCCUUCGUCAUCGCCAUCGAGGAGGCCGGCAUCGAGAUCCUCCCCUCGGUCAUGAAUGCCGUCAUCCUCAUCGCCGUCUUGUCCGUCGGCAACUCGGCCGUCUUCGGUUCCUCGCGAACCCUCGUCGCCCUCGCCAAGCUCAACCAGGCGCCCAAGAUCCUCGGCUACGUCGACAAGAGAGGCCGGCCCCUCGUCGCCAUCGCCGUCGCCGCCGCCUUUGGCCUGCUCGCCUAUCUCGCCGGCAUGCAGUACCAGACCAGCGUCCUCGACUGGCUCCUCGCCAUCUCCGGCCUCUCCACCGUCUUCACCUGGGCCUCCAUCUGCCUCUGCCACAUCCGCUUCCGCCGCGCCUGGGCCUACCACGGCCGCAGCCUGAGCACCAUACCUUGGGUCUCCCAGGUCGGCGUCCUAGGCUCCUACUGCGGCCUCGCUCUCAACCUUCUCGUCCUCGCCGCCCAGUUCUGGGUCGGCGCCUUCCCCAUCGGCUGGGAGGUCCUGAGCGCCAGCAAGAUUGCCCAGACCUUCUUCCUCAGGUACAUGGGAGUGCCCAUCGUCGUCACCUUCUACCUAUCCCACAAGCUCCUCUACGGAACCAAGUACGUGAGGAUCCGCGAUAUGGAUGUCGACACCGGUCGCCGCGAUUUCAACCUACCCAUCCUUCUCGCCCAGGAGGACGAGGAGCGUGCGUCGUGGCCCCGAUGGAAGAAAUUUUACAAGCUCCUCUGCUAG